AUGCGGAAGUUCUCGAGGGAGGCCUGGGCGGACGUCCCCAGGGACGGCGUCCUGGACGAGCUGGAGAGGACGAUGGGCAUGUUGGAGAGGGAGAAGCGCCGCAGCGGUUCAUUCGCGGAGGAGCUGAAGACCGUCCGGGAGCAGAGCCUGGCCGCGCAAGCGCUGGUAGAGCAGGAGGAGGAGUACAUCAUCAGCCGGCUGGUGAAGCGCCUGGAGCAGCUCAAGCGCGAGAAGCAGAUGCUCGCCAGCGAGGUGGAGCAGGAGGAGGAGUUCCUGACAAACACGCUGCAGAAGAGGCUGGAAAAGAUCACCAAGGAGAAGGUGGACAUCGAAAACCAGCUGGAGGUGGAGCAGGAGUACAUAGUCAACAAACUCCGAAAGCAGCUUGAGCACCUGAAUUCGGAGAAAGGCAAGCUCACAUUGGAAACAAUCGACCUUGAGAACCAACUGGAGGCGGAGCAGGAGUAUAUUGUCAACAGACUUCAGAUGCAGGUCAGGAAGCUGGGACACGAGAAGGGUGCUCUGCUGCGAGAAAAGAAUGAGCUGCGCGGACAGAUUGAGGACCUUGGCAGGUCCGUCGCCAAGCUCAACGGAGACAAGGUCGCCAUGGAGCAGCAGCUGGAAAUGGAGGAGGAGAACAUAGUCAACCGCAUGCAGCGCCAGCUGAAUUAUGCGCGCUUCCAGUAUAAGAAUCUGGAAAAGCGGAUGCAGGAAAGGGGCCUAUCGCCCAAGGACUUUGGUGCCGAACCGCUGGAAAUCAACUGCCGUCGGCUUGGGCGCCACUCACUCCGUUCCCGAUCUUUUGAUGCUGGAUCCUUGAAGCUGUCAAGGAGGGACGUGCGUUCGAUGAUCACGGGCAUGUCAGUACAUUAG